AUGGCUAUUAUCGAGGACAAGUCAGCGCCUGGAACGGUGCAUCUCAUUGAUGCUACCGGGGAACUUCAUGUCAAGCAUUCGGAAGCUGCUCGUGAUAUCGUGCUGGUCCCUCUUCCUUCAGAUGACCCAGAAGACCCCCUCAACUGGUCGAGAAAGCGGAAACUACUACAAACAUCAUGUGUAGUCAUGUAUACCGUCAUGAUGGUCUUCCCAUCUUCAGCCGUGUACAGCGUCACGACGCCAAUCUCUAAAGCUACACACCUGACUGUGAGCGACCUGGGAUGCAUUGUAUGGCAGGCCUUAGCACUGCAAUACGGCAAACGCCCCGCCUACUUGAUUUCCAUGGGUGGAUCAAUAAUCAUCAUGGGCCUCGCUCCAUUGUGCACGACUAAUGGGCCCUACCUGGCCAACAAGAUCCUGCAAGGGUUCUUCGGAGCACCCGUUGAAAGUCUCUGCGAGAUCAGCAUGACAGAUAUCUGGUUUGCUCACGAACGGCCACUGUACCUUGCGGUGUACGGUCUGAGUCUGGCGGCAUCUGGAAAAUUCGCUCCCGUCUUUGCGGCCUUUAUCAAUACAGGGCAGGGCUGGAAAUGGACUCUAUUGUGGUGUGCCAUCGGCAUGGGAGUUGCGUUUGUUUACUGCUUCUCCCUGAUGGAAGAGACGAACUACGACCGCCACAUCAUCCAAUCAACCCUGAACGCGGGCUCGGGAUCCAGCAGUGAAGAUGUCGUUGAGCCAGGGGCUGCUGAGGAUGAGAAGUCGGCAGGAAAACGGGCUGCUGGGAACGAGCAAGCAAGUGCUGAACUGGGGGAAGUGACCGCUGUGACCUAUCCUCGCAAAACCUGUUGGCAGAAACUCGGGGUCAUUGACAAGAAACGCCCCAACCGUCUCCUCGAUAUAGUGUGGUCGCCAUUCAAAUUCUUCCGCUUUCCAGUUGUUGUUUGGGCGGGGUUUAUGUACGGAACGAAUGGCUUAGUCUGGCCCGGCAUCUUGAACGCAACUGCAAGUCCGCUCUACACCAAGACCUACGGUUUCAACAGCACCGAUGUUGGAUUUGCUUACUUCGGAGCGGUCGUUGGUAUGGUGCUCGGAUCACUUUGGGUAGCCUUCGCUGGCCCGCGACUCGUGAUUCGUCUCGCACGCCGCAGCAAAGGAAUAGCAGAGCCCGAGCACAUCCUCUGGCUCUUCCUUGCCUCCUUGAUCUGCGUCCCCUUCGCCAUGCUACUCUGGGGUCUCGGUGCAGCCUACAAAAUCCAUUGGUUCGGCCUCGUCUUCGCACAGGCCAUCCUCGCCAUCUCAAGCACGCUCUGUCUCUCCACCGCAGUACAAUAUGCUACAAGCUCUUACCGCGACCUCUCAGGCGAGUUCAUCACGACCAUCAUCUUGAUCAGGAAUACGCUGAGCUUUGCGAUCAAUUAUGGGAUCACGCCAUGGAUUGAGGCGGAGGGCCAGAGGAACACGUUUAUCACCGUUGCUGCCAUCGCGCUGGUAUGCAACGGAACAAUGUUUAUCAUGAUCAGGUUUGGAAAGCGUCUCAGGGAGAGCAGCGCAGAGGUGUAUUGGCGGUAUGUCGACCAGGCGCGGCCGAAAGGGUUGAGUCAUUGAAGGAGAUGGAAGAGCUGUUUUCAGCGGAUCAGCUUUCGGAGAAUCUUGACCAACUCCUCGAAACGCUUUUCCAAACUGGUCACCACAGCAAUUUCCAUCACAAACCCGAUGAGCUGAAGCCAAACACUUGCUUCCUGUUGAUUAUACAGUCACAUGAUCACAUAAUAUUGGCCAAACCUAAUGGCUCG